CCCACUUGAAACUUUGUAACCACAAAAUCAUCGAAUGCAAAAAUGAAAAAUGUAAAGUCAUGAUGCCACGCGAGGACAUGGCUAAGCACCUCUUGCAGGAGUGUGAAUGGAGAGAAAUUCCCUGCCCACACUGCGAUCAGAUGACUGGGUUCUGUCAGUUAAAGGCCCAUGAAAAGAUUUGUGAACAAGUGACUGUGGAAUGUACCAAUGCAGAAUGUGACGUCAUGAAACCUCGGAUGGAGAUGACCAAACACCUUGAACAGGAGUGUGAAUGGAGACAAGUAUCCUGUCCUCACUGCAAUGAUGAUCAUCAUGCUUUCAAACUGCAGGAUCACAUAAAAGUUUGUCCAAAGACUCCAGUUAGGUGUCCUAAUGAAUGUGGCGUAGAAACCAUAAAUGAAGAGAUAGCAGAUCACGUCACCAAUGAAUGUCCGCUGACUGAAGUGCCUUGUAUCUAUCAGCAAUUUGGAUGUCAAUUCUUGAUGCAAAGGAAAGAAAACAGGAUGGAAGAACAUAUGGAAAAAGCCACGAAAGAUCACCUUGCUUUAGCAUGUGAAGAGCUGAAGUUACUCCAAGAAAAUAAUGGUGUUUUGUCUAACAGAGUAUCCUCGCUUCAAGACGAAAAUGAGUCAAUGUUUCACCGACUGUUUUUGCUCCAAGAAGAAAGCAUGUCCAAGUUUGACCGACUGUUUAGCCGACUCUCUUCGGUUGAAGACCGGAAUGCAUUCCUGUCUGGACGACUCUCUGAUGUCCAGAACGAAAAUGCGGCGAUGUCUCACCGACUUUUACACCAAGAUGAAAUAAAGAAACCAAAUAAAAAAACGGUCAAAAAAGAAGAAAAGAAAAAAGAGGAGCCAUCUAUUCCAUACACAGGCACCUUUGUGUGGAAAAUAGGAAACGUUAAGAAAUUAUUGUCGGAGGCCAAGCAAGGGAGAUCUACUGUGUUGUUCAGUGAACCAUUUUACACAGCUAACCAUGGCUACAAAUUGAGAGCAAUGUUGUACCCCAAUGGAGCUAAGAAUGAAAAUGCAGGGCACAUGUCAAUAUAUGCUCAAAUUAAACGAGGUGAAUAUGAUGAUACAUUACCCUGGCCUUUUGGUAAGGACAUAACAUUUACUCUGGUGGACCAGAAAAUAAAUAUAAAAAACCGAAAGAAUAUCAAGGACACGAUACAUAGCAAGAAUCUGUUGGAUAGCUUCCUGCAAUGUUUCCAAAGGCCUACUUCGGAUACCAAUAAGAGUAUACCAGGUCUUUCAACAUUUGUUAAACAUGACAAGCUGAUGAGCAAAAGCUAUGCUAAAGGGGACUCGAUGGUCAUAAUAGUGGAUGUGUCAGAGGCAACGACGUAAUAAUGGACCUUUCUUGAAGUUGUGGGUCAUUUUGCAACAUGGCACAGGUUUGGCUGAGGUCAUCUCAUGUAUUUUUUUAUUUUGUAUCUUUUCUUUCUUAUUUCAUGUGAAGGCUUUGUGGUUUUUGAUACUUUUUGUGUCUGUAUUUGGCAAGUUACAUGCAAUUAAUUAAGGACAAAAAAUAAACAAAUGGAAAAAAAAAAUAAGGGAAUGAAUUAAAAAAUAAGGGCACAAAACUUGAAAACUCUUGCACAACUUAUGGCAUUAGAAAUUCAGAAUCAGAUUGGCAUUACCAAAUUAAACUUGGCAAAUAGGUUGGUAGAGUUAGGAGCUAGACUAGACGACAUAUAGAUUGGUAUAAAUUGUCAGUUGCUUCUCGAUUUUUUUUGUAAAUUAUUUGUCCCCAGAAAUUAUAUUUUUCCUAUAUUAAAUUACUGCUAGAGAUUUAAGUUUGGUUUACAUUUAUUAUCUGUUGUAUUUACUAAAAUCAACAACUAUUUGUUUGAUAAUUAAAAAUCUUUAUGCUUUAAUGACUACACUAUUCUUGUACUGGAAACGUCCCCCUUGCAUGUGAUGUCACAGCAGCUCAAUUUGGAGGAAAACACAAACAAAUUUCACUCUCAUGAGAAUUUGAAACCUCUUUUUCGUUUUCAGGUUUCGUAAUCUAGUGGACUUUAACAAACCUUUUCUUCAUGACUGCCAUGUCUUUGUCUUUUGAUCCUCUUGGGAAUAGUUGAAAACCACCAAUCAUUUUGUCUUCCAAAUUGAGUUGCAUUCCAACGUACUGCAAGGGGUCUAUAGAAGCUUUGCACCAUCACGUGAUGGCAGCCAUGACAGGAGGCAGGAACAGUUGAAUCUGUCAUAAUCUGGUUGACAUGAAAAAGGUUCAGUUUCCCAGGGGGGGAUACAAUAUAUUGUUUCUGCCUCCUGUUAUGGUUGCCAUCACAUGACGGUGCAAAGCCUUUAUUAGGACUUGAGAGAGAUCAAGGGAAUAAGCAAAUGUUCUUUGAGGAGACGUUAAAGGAUAAUCAAAGGAGGGGACAGGGUUUCCCAAAACACUAGGGUAAGGUGCAAGGGUCAUGAUACGCCAAGGGAGCUUUGACUUUAAGACCGAUUCUGGCUUAAUGAUAGGGUAACUUAUUAAAUAAAUGAUCAUUCGCUUUGUUGUAAAGCCUACAGAGCAUAUUACAGACCUUUAGAUUUAGUGACAAGGGCAAGAACGAGUAAAAGUUUUUAAAAACUCUUAAAGAUUGGCACCAUCAUUUCGUAGUCAUGUCAUGAUUGAAAGUUUAGCUUUAAAAAAUUGGAAAUUGAAUAUGAUUCAGUGUUAACUGUACACAGGACCAACUUUAAAACUGGUACUCAUUCUCCUACUAUUCGUCCAAUCUACAGGUCACUAUUAUCUCUGUCGGUGUCUACUCACUGUAUGUGUGCACAAAUGAACAAAGAGUAAGCAAUACUGUACACAGAUUAAA